UUUUUCAUCUGUUUCGUCUUCUUCUUUCUUGAUUCUUUUUCCAGAAACGAAAUCCAUGGCUCUUGAAACUUGGUUGAUAAAAGUCAAGGAAACCAUAUCCAACACCCUGGAUACUGCAAGAUCUUCGAUACCCAAUUCCAAAGCUUCAAAGCAUAAUAAUAAAUCAAACGUUGGAGUUUUAUGCUUUGAAAUUGCCGGUCUUAUGUCGAAGCUUCUGCAUCUUUGGAAUUGUCUCUCGGACAAGAACAUGAUUUGUCUCCGUGAUGAAUCCAUAUCUCUCGAAGGAGUCCGCAAGAUUGUAUCCAACGAUGAGUCUUUCAUGUUGGGACUGGCGUGUGCUGAAAUGGCUGAAAGUCUCAGGCUGGUAGCAAAAUCUAUUUCCAGGAUGAGCAAAAAGUGCCAGGAUCCGAAUCUCCGGUGUUUCGAUCGGUGGUUCGAUGAGUUCGCCAACUCGGGUCACGAUAGCCAUGGCUGGGUUCUGAGUUCCAAAGAGAUGGAAGCUAAAAAGACGAAGAUGGACAAGUACGUGACCAUUACGGUAGCUUUGUACAAAGAAAUGGAGGAUUUAUCUACAAUUGAGAACGGUUUGAGAAAGUCAUUUCAGUGUAAAGAAUAUGAAUCUUCAACCAAAGGGCAAAUGAUUGUUGAUCUACAGCAAAAGCUUUUCUGGCAAAAGCAAGAGGUUAAGUAUUUAAAAGACAGAUCUUUCUGGAACAAAAGCUUUGACAAGGUUGUUCCCAUGCUUGUUACAACGGCUUUCACUGUUUUGGGAAGAAUGAAGCUUGUUUUUGGCUUCGAGUAUCCCCCUUCCUUAUCUCGAACCCUAUCGGCUUCAGCAACCGUACAUCCGACGGAAAACGCCGAUGCUUUCAGCUUCGUAUCAGGCCCAUUGAGGAGUUGUUCAAAGCAAGAAGAAAAGAAGAAUAUGGCAGUCAGGUUUUUCGAGUCAAACUCGAAGCUUAUUACACCUCAUCCAAGUACGUUAGGUGGCUCAGGGCUGGCUUUGCACUAUGCGAAUUUGAUCAUCGUAAUGGAGAAGAUGAUCAAGUCGCUGCAUUUCGUAGGCGCCGAUGCGAGAGACGAUCUUUAUUCGAUGCUGCCUAGCAGUAUUCGAUCGUCUCUCAGGGGUAGCCUAAAAGGAGUAGGGUUCUCGGCGAGUGAUCCGGUGCUUGCCGGAGAAUGGAGAGCAGCUUUGAGGAACAUCCUGGGUUGGCUAUCGCCAUUGGCACACAACAUGAUCAAAUGGCAAAGUGAAAGGAGCUUUGAGCAUCAGAAUUUGUUGCCCAAAAUGAAUGUUCUUCGUUUGCAAAGCCUCUUCUUUGCAGACAAAGAAAAGACUGAAGCAGCCAUUACUGAGCUGCUAGUGGGGUUGAAUUACAUCUGGAGAUUCGAAAGGGAAAUGACAGCAAAGGCCUUAUUCGAGUGCAGCAACUUUAAUGGGUUGCUGAAUUCACAAAGUUGCAGAUAAUUAGGAAACAAAUAGGCUUAAUCUUUUAAUUUCUUCGGCUUCAGAUUUAGUUUUGGUUUCUGCAAUUUCUAUAUGAUGAGCUUUU